CCCGAACUGCCUGACUGCGGUAGCGUUGUUGUUGAGUGACGUCACGGCGGUGAGCAGAAGGCAGCGGUAGCGGCAGCCAUGACUCCGGCUCUCUGAUUAUUUCAUCCUGAAUAAAUCCUGAGCCAGAACGUCCAUGGCAAGAGCCACAAGUCAGAUCUAUGAUGUUGUAUCCCUCCACUCCUCUGGUCUCUGCCCGUGUCCAUCCAUGGUAAGAGGUCAGCAGGACGCGUCCCGUCUCCACGGCAACAGCAUGGAGGGCCAGGCCGUGCCUCCUCAGCCGACUCAGCCUCGCAAAAAGAGACCCGAGGAUUUCAAGUUCGGCAAAAUCCUGGGAGAGGGCUCAUUCUCUACGGUUGUCCUAGCAAAAGAACACUCGACGGGGAAGGAAUACGCAAUUAAGAUCCUAGAGAAGCGCCACAUAAUGAAGGAGAACAAGGCGCAGUAUGUGAAACGAGAGAGGGAUGUCAUGUCCAACCUUGAUCACCCAUUUUUUGUCAAGCUCUACUUCACUUUUCAGGAUGAGGAGAAACUUUAUUUUGGUUUGAGUUAUGCCAAGAAUGGUGAAUUGUUAAAAUACAUUCGCAAGAUUGGCUCUUUCGACGAGACCUGCACACGAUUCUACUCGGCUGAGAUCGUCUGUGCACUUGAAUACCUGCACCAGAAAGGCAUCAUUCACAGAGAUCUAAAGCCAGAGAACAUUCUGCUCAGCGAAGAGAUGCACAUUCAGAUCACAGACUUUGGCACGGCUAAACAGCUGUCUUCUGACAGCCGGCAGGCUCGAGCAAACUCAUUUGUUGGUACGGCUCAGUACGUCUCCCCCGAGUUACUGACUGAGAAAUCUGCCUGUAAGAGUUCUGAUCUUUGGGCUCUAGGCUGCAUUAUUUACCAGCUAGUUGCUGGGCUACCACCAUUCAGAGCGGGAAAUGAGUAUCUGAUAUUUCAGAAGAUUAUUAAGCUAGAGUACGAGUUUCCUGAGAAAUUCUUUCCCAAAGCUAAGAAUUUAGUGGAACAACUUUUGUUGCUGGAUCCUUGUAAGCGGAUUGGCUGUGAGGACAUGGGCGGGUACGAUCCCCUGAAAUCCCACCCCUUCUUUGAGUCAAUCACCUGGGAUGACUUGCAUCAGCAGUCUCCACCCAAACUCACCCCCUACCUGCCUGCCAUGUCUGAGGAUGAUGAGGACUGCUACGGGAAUUACGAUGACCUCCUAAGCCAGUUCAGCAGCAUGCAGGUGGCCCAGCCCGGCCCUGUGUCCUCCCUGACUGAGCCUUCAGACAGUUCACUUCCUGUAUGUAACCCCGCCCCCAGCGUGGACCAGUUUAUCCACAUUCUUGAGAUGGACAGCAACAGCAUGGAGCUGGACCUGCAGUUCAGCGAAGAGGAAAAGCGCCUCCUGCUGGACAAGCAAAGUGCUGCAAACCCAUGGCAUCAGUUUGUGGAGAAUAACCUCAUCCUAAAGAUGGGCCCGGUUGACAAGCGCAAAGGUCUGUUUGCCCGGCGCAGACAGCUGCUUCUGACUGAGGGCCCUCACCUGUACUAUGUGGAUCCAGUAAAUAAGGUCCUGAAGGGUGAGAUUCCCUGGUCACAGGACCUUCGACCUGAAGCAAAGAACUUCAAAACCUUCUUUGUCCACACGCCAAACCGGACGUACUACCUGAUGGAUCCGAGUGGCAAUGCCGACAAAUGGUGUAAGAAGAUCCAGGAGGUGUGGAGGAAGAUCUACCACAAACACCAGCGCCCCAGCGUAUAGGCGCUUUCCCUUUACGGCCACACCCCCAGCUGCGCUUCGACCAUUCACAGAACAGGCACACCCCCUGGAGCGUCGACCCACACAUUUUGUUCACUCCCCCUGUUCCCCGCACUUUUAUCUUGCAUUCAUGAAUUUCCUUGUAACGUGGGGGGGGGGGGUGUGUCCAGUCUGUCUGACUGGUCUGCAUUUAGAGUUAAGGCGGGUCCUUUGCCCUCAUUGGCCGCAGUAGCUGGUCUAGCUGAUCUGAUUGGAGGAUGUGGUGGUGGUGGGAGGUCGAUCUCAUGCGACCAAAUCCAAAAACUCUGAACAAAAAAAAAAAAACAACACACAAAUCUUACAGGAAUACAGCUCCAUCGCAAUCAUCACCACACCGCAACAAUCACUGCUGAACUAUGGGUAAUGUAGUUCUUCAGAGGGUGAUCCAUCUCCCCAGGCCCUGAGCCAAUCCGCGACUGAUUUUCAGUUAUUUUUGUUUUCUUCGAAUCGUCUGCAAUGGGAUAUUGACUGUGUGUAAGCUUCUGAGUGGAUACAUGACCAUGUGUGUGUGAUUGAAUGCCUGAUACAGAUUGGUGUGAAUGUAUGCGUGUGUGGUUCCUUCUUUCACUUGGUCGUUUUAUCAGGAAGGAGAUAAACACGUGUGUGUUUGUGCCUCCUCUUCCUGGUUGGUAACUGAUGACUGUGAUGUAUAGUUGAUGUAAUAUUGAACUUGGAGGCGAGUGCAGCGAGGCGACUCUCGGAUCCGGGUUUUGUAUUUUUAUUCUUGUAUAAGGUUAUUUGGGCUGCUCUGUUCAGGCCCGGCUACUCUGUGUUAUUUAAAUUCUAAUAUAUGAGAAUCAUAUUUGCAUUGAAGUCAUGUUCGAGGGCCUUGCUGUGUAUGUUUUGAAAUGUAAAGCCUUUGAAUGUGAAGAAUUAUUGUAAACUAUGAUAUUUUACAGCUUUUGUUGUUUUUUUUCUUACUAUAUCAUAUACAUUUUCUAUUUGCGCAGUGAUCGACUCAUAUUCUGAUAAUUUAAAGCCUUGACAUUUGCAGCCCCCGCACACGUGUGUACAUGAGAGUGAGUGUGUAUGUGAUGUGUGUGUCGUGAGAGAGAAUACGCGUGCGCCGGUUUUGGCUUUUGCGUGGGCGCUGUGUGUUUUCCUUGUCUGGCUCUUGAGCUUGACGCCACCUAGAACUGAAAUAAAGCAUGUAGGGGUUUAGGCCAACAGAUA